AUGUCCUUCUCUCGUUCCUGCGCCGCUCUCGGCCUUUCCAACCGCGCCGUGCUCGCGCGGGCGCUGGCGACUCGCCCGUCGGCGACACUCAUAGCGACUAGGCUGCACUCAACCACUCCCUCUCGCCGCGCUGAGCCUUCCCCAGACUAUCUAGCCACCCCGGGUACUCGUUCACCGAAGAACACUGGCUUGGUCGGUGCCAAAGAUGAGCCCGGGAAAUUUGUCGAUCCCUACAAGGAUGGUCCCGGCGCUGUCGACAAGGCAGUCCACCUGUUCUUCUUCACCGAAAUCCUCCGAGGGAUGUGGAUUACCCUCGAGAACUUCUUCAGACCACCAUAUACCAUCAUGUAUCCGUUCGAGAAGGGCCCCUUGUCGCCCCGAUUCCGCGGAGAGCAUGCUUUGAGACGGUACCCCAGCGGCGAGGAGCGGUGCAUUGCUUGCAAGUUAUGUGAGGCGAUAUGCCCCGCCCAGGCGAUCACGAUUGAGAGCGAGGCGCGUGAGGACGGGUCAAGAAGAACCACAAAAUACGAUAUUGACAUGACGAAAUGCAUUUAUUGCGGGUUUUGUCAAGAGGCCUGUCCAGUAGACGCCAUCGUGGAGACCCAAAACCAGGAAUUCUCCACGGAAACUCGCGAAGAACUUCUGUACAACAAGGAGAAGCUUCUCGCCAAUGGCGACAGGGCCGAAGCUGAAAUCGCUGCCAAUCUCCAUGCGGACCACGUAUAUCGGUGA